AUGCGAUCGUUUUUCUCUCCUGUCACCGCACCGGGCUGUGGACCACACUGUCUGUGGACCACACUGUCUGUGGACCACACUGUCUGUGGACCACACUGUCUGUGGACCACACUGUCUGUGGACCACACUGGAACUCCCCGCUCCUCUCACUGUUACCGCCUCCUUCUGAAAACACCGGACAGACCAGAUCCUCCCUAUCACCGCAUCCACACAUACCCGGGACCAAUUCGAGCCGAUAUCUGGACAAGUCUUCUCAAAGGGCUGGACUCGGAGGGGGAAACCAAUGAGCUGAAGCACACUUUUGUCGCUGUGGUCAGUUGA